GCUACUUAUAACUGGGACUUACUUACAACUUGGCUGUGAUAUUGUUCGAACGAUUUACUAAUGCAUAGCGUCUGGGUAGUGGAAAGAGGUGAUUCAUGGGCACGCAACCAAAGAAGUGGCAUCCAUCAUUCCUAACGUGUCCUUGGUAUAAAACUUACAGUAAUUGACACCAGCUUCGUCGUUCAAUCUCAUUCCCUCACUACACCUCAUCCUACCUUCUUCGCCAACUAUCUUGAAUUCACAAAGAAAACUCAUCCAACCUAUCCAACAUGCCCAGCUCCUUCCCCCACUCCCUCUCCCAACUUCGCAACACCGAAACCAUUGUCCCUCCCCCCGAUCCAUCCAUCAUCCAAACCCUAGUCAACGCCCUCCCCCCCCUUUCCCACCCCGAUAUCAUCCAUAGGAGUAUCUCCCACCAACCCAAGUCCAAAUGCAAGUACCUCGACCAAGGGGCGUCCCUCAUUAUCCUAACCACCAUCAACCGAAAUCAAAUCAGCGUCCUCAAGAAUUUCUUCCACUCCAUCCGUGUCCCAUGCCCAGGCCAACAACCUCACCAACCUCAAGGACAUUAUCCAAGAUCCAAACCCAGCCUCAGGAUUCUCACAGGCCUCCACCACUCCCCCAACCCCUCCUCCAACCCCGCCGUCCCCACCACCUCCAGCCGCGUCUCAGGCGUCGGUAAGCAACCCUACAACCUCGCCAUCGCUCUCACCGGGGCACACAACCGGAUUGCCUUUUAUGGAAACGUACUCAACUCGCUUCCCGCUAUUCGAAUGGGCGGGCUAAGCCGGUAUAAACAGGUGAUUUUAGUUGCGGUGCAGAGUUUUGUGCAGUUACCGUUGGAAUUUGGACGGCUUUCUCGGGAAAGGGGUUGGGACGGGAAGUCGGAUGGGGAGUAUCAUAGGUAUGAGGAUGAGACGGGAGAGGGGACGGGGGCGGGGACGGAAAGGGAGAUGAAGAAGAAGCCGGUGGAUUAUAGCGUUAUUAUGAUGUAUAAUGUUACCCGAAGAGAGAGGAAGGUGGUGGUUACUAGGGGCGUGACGGUUAAUGAGGGGUGGGUGAGGCAGGUUAUGUGGAUGUGUGGGUUUGAGGAUGAGGAUGCUAAACCUGGAAUUGUCGAAGGGGAUGGAAAUGACAAGGGGACGAAAGUAAAGGGGAGAAAACCGGUGGGGGAGGAGAUGAAGACGACGGUGUGGAAUGGAACCACGGAGCACUUGGACGCAGGGGACUGGCAGGAGGUGGCGGCGGGGGUGUCGAGGUAUGAGUUGAUUAAGGAGGCGUUGGAGGAGUUGAGGGGGGAUGUUGAGGGGUGGUUGUCGUGAGGGGGUUGGUUGGUUGGGGUUGAUGGAGGAUGGGAAAAAGUGGGAAGGGACAAUGGGAAGGGGUGAUAGGAAAGAGCAGACAAGAUUGAUGUAAAGACGGAGACAAGAUUGCAGGAGAAACGAAACCCGAACAGAAAAGUAAAAAGCAAAAAGCUCAGCCGCCCAAGCCCCGGAUCGAACUCGAGACCAGCUGCAGACCUACGAAAAUACCACGCAUUU